AUGUUGAAAGGAAUCAAGAAUCGGAAUGGUGGUCGGGAUUUCUCCGAUGACCCCGCAUGCAACAAGUUGGACGAGAUUUACAACUCGGACGAGUUUCGCAUGUACGCGUACAAAGUGAAGCGCUGUCCCCGGACGCGAAGCCACGACUGGACGGAGUGCCCCUACGCCCACCGCGGCGAGAAGGCCCAGCGUCGCGACCCUCGCAAGGUCCACUACGCCGCUGUCGCCUGUCCCGCCUUCCGCGGCGGCAGCUGCCUCAAGGGCGGGUCCUGUGAGUUCGCCCACGGUGUCUUCGAGUACUGGCUCCACCCUACCCGGUACCGCACGCGUGUGUGCAACGCCGGCGAGUUCUGCCAGCGCAAGGUCUGCUUCUUCGCCCACUCGCCCGACCAGCUCCGCCCCGAGACCAAGUACAAGUACGCCCACCCGCACCGGUCGCGUGCGGCGGAGAUGGAUGGAUCACGGAGUGCCACGCCGGCGAGGACGCCCGGGUCGGCGAGAGGGAACGUCGAGGAGCCUGACGUGGAAGUGGGUGUUGGAGUGUCGGGUCUUUUGAAGAAGAGCCUGAGGAGAUUGAGCGUAAGAGGCAGUGACGACGAUGGUGAUGGUGAAUUGGAAAAGGUGAAAUCUGGGUGGGAUGCCUCGGUUUUGGAUUUAUCACAUCUUGGUUGGAUCUCCGAUUUAGUGGAUAAUUAG